AUGAAAACGCCCAUUCCUCUUGUGAUCCUGCUUCAUGCCGUUGUGGUCCAUUGCCUGAAAGUGGUGUCGAAGAGAGGCUCAGUGGAGGGCUGCAUGGAUUGGUCAGUGGACUACCUGAAAUACAAGGUGCUUGUGGGGGAACCUGUACGGAUUCAGUGUGCUUUAUUCUAUGGAUACAUACGGGCCAACUACACCCAUGCACAGAGCGCCGGACUUAGCCUUAUGUGGUACAAAAGUGCAGGACACGGGGACUUCGAGGAGCCCAUCAGUUUUGACGGCACAAGGAUGAGCAAGGAGGAGGACGCCAUAUGGUUCCGACCCGCGGAGCUGGACGAUGUGGGGUACUAUUCCUGCGUAUUAAGGAACUCCACAUACUGCAUGAAGGUGUCCAUGUCUCUCACAGUGGCGGAGAACGAUACAGACCUCUGCUACAACUCCAAGAUGAGGUACUUUGAGAAGGCGGAGCUGAGCAAAAGCAAAGACAUCACCUGUCCAGGCAUUGAGGGUUAUGUACAGCCGGGAGAGGAGCUCGAGAUUGUGUGGUACAAGGAAUGCAAGCCAAAGCAGUGGAGACAAACUAUAGAGAGGAGGAGGCACAGUCUGUCCAUCAAGGAAGUACGGGAAGAUGACAUUGGGAAUUACACCUGCGAGCUGCAGUUUGGGAACUUUGUGGUGCGGAGGACGACUGAGCUGUCCGUCACAGCUCCCCUGACGGACAAGCCGCCAAAAAUCCUCUUCCCAUCGGAGAGCCAAGUGAGCGUCAUCGAGAUGGCAAUAGGAAGUCCUGUCAACCUGACGUGCAGAGCUUUCUUUGGAUACAGCGGAGACAUGAGUCCACUUAUCUACUGGAUGAAGGGGGAGAAGUUCAUCGAGGAUCUGGAUGAGGAGCGGGUCCAGGAGAGUGACAUCAAGACAAUCCGGGAGCACCUGGGGGAGCAGGAAGUCUCCAUCUCUCUGACCAUCGACUGUCUGGAGGAGAGCGACCUGGGCAACUACUCCUGCUACGUGGAGAACGGCAACGGGCGACGACAGGCCAGCAUCCAGCUCACCAAGAAAGCGGAGCUGAUGUACACGGUGGAGCUGGCCGGAGGUCUGGGGGCCAUCCUGCUGCUGCUGAUCUGCCUGGUGACGCUGUACAAGUGCUACAGGAUCGAGCUGAUGCUCUUCUACAGGAACCACUUUGGCAGUGAGGACAUAGAUGGAGAUAACAAGGACUACGACGCUUACUUGUCCUACACCAAAGUGGACCCGGACCAGUGGAGCCAGGAGACCCGAGAGGAGGAGCGUUUUGCCCUGGAGAUCCUCCCCGACGUGCUGGAGAAGCAUUAUGGGUAUAAACUCUUCAUUCCAGACAGGGACUUGAUCCCCACAGGAAGUUUCACCAAUGAUCAUUUCCAGGAUGACACAAGACUACUUAGAGCUUACAUCGAGGACGUAGCGCGCUGCGUGGACCAGAGCAAGCGCCUCAUCAUCGUCAUGACGCCCAGCUACGUCGUGCGGAGGGGCUGGAGCAUCUUUGAGCUGGAGACGAGGCUGCGCAACAUGCUGGUGACCGGCGAGAUCAAGGUCAUCCUGAUCGAGUGCGCCGAGCUGCGCGGCAUCAUGAACUACCAGGAGGUGGAGGCCCUCAAACACACCAUCAAGAUGCUGACGGUCAUCAAGUGGCGCGGGCCGUCCAGCAACAAGCUCAACUCCAAGUUCUGGAAGCAGCUGCUCUACGAGAUGCCCUUCAAGCGCAUGGAGCCCCUGAGCAUCUCCCACGAGCAGGUGCUGGACGUCAGCGAGCAGGGCCCCUUCAGCGAGCUCCAGACCGUCUCUGCAAUCUCCAUGGCGGCGGCCACCUCCACCGCCAUGGCGACGGCACACCCGGACUUGCGCUCGACCUUCCACAACUCCUGCCACACCCAGAUGAGGCAGAAACACUAUUACCGUAGCUACGACUACGACCUGCCGCCCGGCGGCACGCUCCCGCCGCUCUCCUCGCUCGGCAACCAGCACACCUACUGCAACAUCCCCAUGACGCUCAUCAACGGCCAGCGGCCACAGUCCAAGUCGCCGCGGCAGCAGAGCCUGGAGGAGGCCCACGGCAACAACGCCAUGCUGCCGCUGCUGCCCAGGGAGACCAGUAUAUCCAGCGUCAUCUGGUGA